AUGUCUCCCCAGACAAGUUUAAACAAAGCAAUCGAGAUUGUGGAAAGGGCCAUCCAGCACGACAAGGCUCAAAACCACCAGCAAGCAUGCAAAGACUACAUGGACGCGUUGGAUUAUUUUAUGCUGGCGUUGAAGUACGAGAAGAAUGAGCAGUUCAAGAUCCUCAUCCGCUCGAAAAUUGACGACUACCUCGCUCGUGCUGAGAUUUUGAAGAAAACGCUGUCGCCUCCUUCUCCCACCGUAUCAGCAGCGCGAGCAGUCAAACAGACGGAUGCAACGGACGAUCCCGAAACCAAGAAACUUCGUGCUGGUCUCGCAGAGGCGAUCAUCAGUACUUCUGGCUCCAGUGCUUCUACUGUUACUUGGGAUGACAUCGCUGGACUGGAAGCAGCAAAGCAGGCCCUCAAGGAGGCCGUUGUCAUCCCCAUGAUGUUUCCGCAUCUUUUUGCUGGACGACGACGGCCGGUCAAAGGGAUACUACUCUAUGGACCCCCCGGGAACGGGGAAAAGCCAUCUGGCAAAAGCAGUAGCAAGCGAGGCCAAGAGCACCUUUUUCAGCAUCAGCUCGACCGACAUCGUGAGCAAAUGGCAAGGGGAGUCAGAGAAGUGAGUUGUUUUCAUUUCAUGCCACUCUCGCUCACCUUGACCCCCAGAUUGGUUCGCCAUCUGUUUGAAAUGGCACGGGAGAUGCGUCCGACGGUCAUCUUCAUCGACGAGGUCGACUCGCUCACCGGUGCGCGAGGUGACGGUGAUUCAGAAGCCACUCGACGCCUCAAGACCGAGUUCCUGGUACAAAUGGACGGAUUAGGCAGAGACGACUCGGGAAUCCUGGUCAUCGGUGCCACAAACAUUCCAUGGGCAAUUGACUUGAGCAUCAAGCGCAGAUUUGAACGGCGUAUAUACAUUCCACUCCCCAAUGGUCAAGCCCGCAAGGAAAUGUUCAAGUUGCAUGUCGGCGGCACACCGUCAGAACUCACAGACGCCGACUACGAACUUCUGGCGCAGAAGACAGAGGGUUAUUCUGGAGCAGAUGUUUCUCUGAUCGUUCAAGACGCGUUUAUGCAGCCCAUACGAAACCUGAUGACAACAUCCUACUUCAAGGCUCUACCUCCAAAUGCGGAUUCGGUUGUCCAGUGGGUAGCCUGUCACGAAACCGACGAAGGGGCGGUUAAGAAGGGUCUUGCAGAGCUCAAGCCGGAGGAAGUAUAUGACCCCGUACUGAUGAUGGCUGACUUCUCUCAUGCAUUGGGAAAUGUCCGGCCAACAGUGACGGAGAAGGACCUGGAAGGGCAUACCAAGUGGACAGAGGAGUUUGGGAGCUAUGGUUCUUAA